AUGACAAAAACCAUUUCCUCCCAACAACACUCAAACUCAAAAGUUCCUAGUGAUCAAUUGGAUAUAUGGAGUUCAAUUUUGAACCAAAACAACAAAGAUGAAGCUUCACAAUCAACAACCAGUCCUUAUGUUCACCCACUUGUGAAAAAAUCAAAAAGUUAUUUAAGUGAAAAGAGUCUCGAAAUAUGCACAGAGAGCCUUGGAUCAGAAACUGGCUCAGAUGGUUUCUCUUCUUCUUACAUAUCAACAACAUAUGAAGAUAAUAAUUCAGAGAAUGCUGAAAAAUUGAAAGAAACAGUGAACAUGGUAGUGAAGAAGCCUCGCUGUUUUCCUCCUCCACUUUCUUCACUCACUACUCAAACUCAACAACUUCAAAUGAAGCCACACCGUGACAAUGGAAGGUUCUUUUUGUUCCUACAAGUUGUCUCGGUUCCUUCACAGAACAAUUUCUUCUCUAAACGACAACACGGUCGCCUUAUCCUAACUUUUGCUAAUGAACAACAACAAGAAGAAGUUGUUGAUGAGUUUGUGAAAGAUGAGUGUGUAAUAGAGAAAACACAGUUGUGUAGUUUAGAGUCUAUGAUGAAUAAGAAAAUUGUGUUAUUCGACAACAAGAGUCCAAAAUGGUCAAAGAGGUUCAAGAGAGAGACCAAUUUUGAGGAUGUUAAAGCUGUACAAAUACACAAACAUGGUUCAUGGCCUAGAAUUCUCAAUCAACAAAAUAACUACUCGUUGGUUUCGAAAGGGAAAAAUGGUGAUUAUUUGAUUCAUAAUUUAAAGUGUUACAAGAAUUCUACAUUCCUACUCCAAACUCCAAGACCAGUUAAAUUAAUAAACUGA